UGCUUCACAUCACUUCUAGAGGGCAGCUGGGCGGCAAGUAAUCUACCGUUUAAAGACAGACUCAUUGCUGGAUUCGUUCUAUUAGCUCAGAGGAGUGAGAUCGUAGUGCAGUCCAAAACAGUAACAGGUCAAUAUGCCGGUAGAAUUGUAUUUGUUCCAGGGUAGCGCGCCUUGCACAUUCGUGCAAAUGGUUGCAAAACACAUUGGCGUUGAACUUACUCUUAAGGAACUGGACUUUUUGAAGCGAGAACACGAGGCACCAGAGUUCACCAAGGUCAACCCAUUUCAAAAGGUCCCGACUAUAAACGAUUCCGGAUUCAUCCUCUACGAAAGCUCUGCCAUCGCUUACUAUCUGGUGAACAAGUACGCGCCUACCUCGGAGCUCUACCCCAAAGAUGUGCAAAAGCGGGCACGCGUAGACCAAGUCCUUUCCGUUGUGUCGACACACAUUCAGCCCAAGUUCUCGGCAUUUUCGAUACCAUCGUACAGAACCAACAAGAAGCCGAGUGCUGAGAGCUUCAAGGAAUUUGAGGAAGGUGUCUUGAAGGCUUUCCAGCAAGUUAUUCGCGACAAAACAACUUUUGUGGCUUGCGAUGACCUGACACUAGCGGAUAUUCGCCUGAUUUCGCUCCUAGCCUGCAUUGUUCCGCUCAAGGAUAUCUUCGACAGAUCAAAGUAUCCCAAUGUGGCCGCCUACUACGACCGUGUGACAGCGAAGAUGCCUUAUUUCGAGGAACUUCUGCGGCCCCAUAUUGACGACCGUUCCAGAUUCUGGUCAACUCUUCAGUAAUUCUGAACAAAAAUAAAGCAAGUGACUAUUUCCGGAAAUGAAAGCGGAGAAAAGCAGAUGGAUAGCGGUGGGAAAGUCUUUCUUAAGUGGGAAUGAAUUCAGCCGGA